AUGAAGAUGAGCCUCGCCAAGAUGCUUGCCAUGUGGGCUGUGUUGGCUAGCAUUUUUUUGGCCCAGGGUGCCAAAAGUCGUUACGAGGACGCAUCAACUGGCCUUCUUGAGUCAGAUUGGUAUGUCGCGGCUCAGGAUCUCCCAAUGCUCAAUGACUUUUGCGAGAAUUGGGAAGGUCUUCAACAUGCCCAUGUCUUCGACCUGUUCAGCCACUCCAAACGUGUCUGCCAGGCUUUCCAAAGAAAGGGCUUCCGAGGACUUACCUUCGAUAUUCGUUCAUGCCAUUAUGAGGACAUAUUGUCCAAGUCUGGAUUCCUUCUGGCGCUGCAGAGCGCACUUGAGCUGUGCGAGCACGGACUCCUGAUGGUGGCACCUCCAUGUUCGCUGUUUGUUCCAAUUUCAGCAUCAGUACACAGGAGAAAAGCUGAGCAACCUUAUGGGAACAUAAACAACAAGCGAGUGAGAAUGUCUACCCUCAUUGCCCAGAAUUGUGGAAUCCUGAUCAGCCUCAUUUUGUGCUGGCGACCGACCAUCCGGCUGAUUGUUGAGCAGCCAAAGGGUUCUAUGCUUUGGAAGCUGCCAACCUUCGUUUCCUUGAUUCAAGCGUUCGGUUUGAGCUUUGUGCUCACCUACUUGGGUUUUUUCGGAAUGGAUAUCCUCAAGGGAAGCCACCUGCUAACCAAUAUGGAGCAAGCAGGUGCGCUUGCACGCAGAGCAACCAAAGAGGCGAAGCAGAAGUUCAUUGCCCGGGUGAAUUCCAAGUUCGAGAAGCGUCAUGCGGCAGGUCGUCGAGCUAAGGUGUACUACACCUGUGGCACUAAUGAAGCCGGUAAGAAGACUUUUACUGGGGGCAAAGAUUUGGGAUCAACAUCGUGCUAUCCAAAAAGGUUUGCCCGUGCCAUUUUUGCUGUGUGGCAUAAAUAUUACCAAUUGGCUACCAGCAAUGAUCAGGAGGGCCAAUAA